CCGCGGUCAUCUACAGUCAUGGAUGAGUCUUUCGAAACCUUGAUCAAUCAGGCCGCAGAGCCUGUACCUAAUGCAAACCUGCAGCUAGUUCUGAUGAAGAUUUGCGUACAAAUCUAUGCGGGCGAGCUUACGCAGUCUGACUUGGACAUAUUUUUCUCCGUGUUUGACUCGCAAUGGAGUUUGGCGAAACUCUCUGCCGCAGAGAAAUCUGGAGUUACUGUGGAUCAGCUGGCGUUCAUUGAUUUUCUCGCCUGUCUGGGUGCAGUAGUGGUCCGAUUAACAGUGGCUCCUUCCCUGGGGGUGACAAAUAGCAUACUCGAUCGCUGGUCACGAAUAACGAGAUGGCUGAUCGUGUUGGAAUCCUCUUGCGUUACCAAUACGUCCUCGUCUGUCUUCGGACUAAAGACGCGUCUCAUUUGCAAGGACAUGAUCAUAGCGGUCCUCUUCGCCUGUGCCCGUAACGAUCCCCCGCCCGCGAUCUUAUCCGCGCUGAUCGACAGCGAACAACUCUUGUCGUUGGUAUGGCGGUUGUGGACCCAGGAAAUAGAAGAUCGUCGAUUUUUUGAAGAAUCCACUGUUGCUGCGUAUCCUAGGGUGACCUGUGUGCUUGACGCGUUUUGCGAGACGAAGAUGAAUGAAGACGAUAUGAUAGCUGCAGUGGGUGGAAAUUGCGACGAUAUCGCUCGCAUCAUUCUCUCGCAUGCCAAAUUAGCUCUCAGCCAGAAGAAGGUCAAUUUCUACCAUCUCAACUGUACCCUGCGCGUCGCGACUUCGUUUUCUUUCAAGUUCAUUUCGCGUUUCGCGUUACUUUCGCACGGGGCCUUGACAACUGUCGUCAAUGCUAUGGCGGAGGCGGUAGCAUCUCGCAGUAUGCUCACGGCCACGACGAUUCGCUUCUGCUACCAUUACAUUCACCUUUUCACUCUCACUUCGGACCCUGUUCCAUUCGUGGCUGAAAUCGUUGACGCGCAUAUCCUAUCCCACCUCAUCAAUGGUGAUCGCUGGCUGGCCAGCUCACCUUCGUUGUGGGAUGACGAGCUUGAGGCCACACCGGAAGAGAUUUUAUCCGACAUCAUCACUCCGUUCUUGAUAUAUCCCUCUGUUCUGCAGGCAGUUGAGAAGUAUACUAAGAAGGCCGGAAAGCGUGCGAAGCCCUCAUCCGAGAAUACCAAAGAAUUUCGCGUCGCUUGGGAUCACUUCACUGAUUGGAUCGAGACUCUUCUGCAAGCAAAGAAGGCCAUUAACGAGCACAAUCCUGCACGUGCGUAUGAAACAUGCCACAUGUGCGGUAAACCCGACGUACAAGGUGAAUUCAAGCGUUGCAAGGGAUGUAUGGUGCUCAUCUACUGCAGUCCCCAAUGUCAAAAACGUGACUGGAAGAAGCAUGGCCAGGGAUGCAAGGACGUUCAACAGUUACGGGAGGAAAAGAGAGUCACAGAGACUCCCAAACGCGAUUGGCGAUUCAUUAAACGAUUCAUAAUCUACCACCUAUCUUUACUAGAUGGCGACGAAGACGUAUCCCGCAAAUUUGAUACAUGCAAGAAUGAGUAUGUCGAGAUCACUUUGGACUUCACAGAAGAACCUGGCGUAUGCUACCACUUUUCUGACGGAGACGAACCGUCUUGCAAAUGCGGUGAACUUCGGAGAGAAGCGGCCAAAGCUCGAUGUGAUCAAACCAUUAGGAUUUGUGCCAUUUUACCGCGGGGAGAACAUCCAGAAGUUCUCAUGCUGGCCAUCGAGUUGGAAGCUCUUCGCAAGGCUUCGGAAACGUACGGGAUGUCUAGCGAUGAAGAUUUUGGGAAGGUCGUGGAAACGAUUGAACACGAUGGUUGCUGUGUCUAAAGUCAGACAGAUAGUGAAGAAUAUCACGCAUGGUGCUGAACCGCUUGUGAAGGCUAUUAUGUAUUAUGUUUGUGUACUCAAGGUUCCGUGUGCUAUAGUGCGUUGAUCGCUACUGCCUAUUCCCAUUCUAUACAAGCAUGUUGUGAACACCUAUGCUGAAUGGGCGAGGCUGACUUCGGUAGAGUCAGUUUCAAGCUUUUUUAGGUCGCCGCUGAUCUCUUUAGAUGCGCUUCGCAUUGGUUUUCUGGAUGGAGUGCAUCUCUUCAUCGACACGAUGAAAUGUCACACGACAGGCCUUGGAUGCUGUAGGAGAAUUUCUUUUAUCUUUUUUUUUCAUGAAUGUCGUAAGCCAUCGGGGUGGUAGAAAGUGCUCUAUCGCAGCCAAGAUAUAUAGGUCCAAUAUAGGACCAUCAGUUACUGCCUCGUUCCAUCAGCCCAUGCUCAAGGAUAUGGCCUCUUCGACAAACAUGACGGGAAAGGGACGUAUAGCUCAUAGUCGCCCAAGCUCACUCCUUUGCCCUCAUCCUUAGGAAUUGCUCGACCACAUUGCACAAACAAUUUGCGACCCUCCCGUUCCAACAUCGUUUCGAGCCUUAGAAGACUACUUUCCGGAGGCACCACCCAAAGAUGAUGAUUUUCAACCAACAGUGGGACCUCGAUAAGCUGGCUCACACAGAAACGCAUGGGGUGACUCGUAAUCAACUCGACUUCAGGGGCUCUUUUGACUGUUUGCACGCCAUCGUUUCUCUUCGGCUUCACCAUUCUCUGCCGAAUAUACUCAACUUAGUGCUUGGUCGUUUCCCUCUUAUUCGCACUCUGUAUGAUGUCAUGUGGUCCUGUGUUCCAACCCAGGCUUUGCGAAGCCGCAGAGAGGACCAUCUGCAUUGCCGCGGAUCUUCGCCCUCAUGGUAUUCACCAGUUAGUGGCGUUUAGCGAGAGUGGUGGCUUCGCCUCGCAUUGUGGGCACAGCGAAAUAAACCUCGAUGUGAAUGAUCAGCAUGGAAGCACCGAAGCCCAACAUCCCAAGAUGUGAAUCCGAGCAGUGAUACCUCAUGGUCAGACCUCACAACGGUUGACGUUACACGUUCCCUAUCAUCUUUUCGUGGCCGUAUUAUACAGUCUCUUGGAGCUGAAAGUUUGAGUCUCUGGAUCGUUGGGAAAGGUUUGUGACGAUUUACGAUACCAAUGAAUGACGAAGGAUUGCGGUGUAGUUUCAGUCUUCGGCGGCCACUUUACAUACCGAUAUGUACCUCAUUGCAUGUCGUCAUGCUGCGUUUGUAAACGAUGAACUAAUGUCUGCCGAGAAUAUAUGGUAUACAUGAACCCAGAGCUAUGAA